UUAUAAAGGAAGUUUUAAACAAGCCUAAACAUUUCACUCCGCGAAAAAUUAGACUUACACACACUCGCAUCCACCUCUCUCUCUCUCUCUCCCCAUCUCUCUGCUCCUCUCAGUCUAUUUGUCUAUAUGUGUCCAUAUCUGUCUUGCAUUGCCAUUGCGCACGGAUUAAAGGGACUAAACCGAAACUUUAUCGAAGAAAAACUUUUCAUACUUUGAUUUUAUUUCUCGAUCCGACUAUUCUCAUUCAUUCACUUCUUCAUUCAUUCAUUCAUUCAUUCAUUCAAACCUUCGCUGUCUAUCUGCUCAGCCUGUGCUACCUAUCAUCUCCGUCAGUCUGUCAGCGGACAGUGUCAAGGAAAGAAGACAUCUGGAGCACGUGACUCUUUCCGGACUUCCAUUUAUUUAUUAAUUUUACGCGUUUAUUUAUUUAUUUAUCCAACUAUUUAUAUACAGCCUUUUGGCUUGAACUCUUGGGAUCCGAACAAAUAUGAAAUGUAAGUUUUUUUUCAUGUUCUUUUUUUUGCUUAGAUUGACUUAUCACUGCUUAAUGAACGUGUGUCCUUAUAGGCUACCACUUUGCCGCUUUGUAGCCUAAUUAGUGUUUAGUCAGUUUCCAUUUCAAGAAGGCCUGUGUCAAUUCCACCUCCAGUGCUAGUUGACUCCUCCUCAACCCUGCUCCUGUCGCUGCUAUUGGCCCAGCUGCCUUUGUUUACAUCUGCUCGGCCUCGGCAAUACCAUGUCCAUAAUGACUUUGACAAGCUGACCAAUCAAACAAGGCAUCUGCUGAAACUAACACAAGAUCUAAUGAGAGAACACUCCCUUGACACGGAGAUUGAGAACCACAGAUUCAAGUCUCUCCCAUCCAUGGGCAACAGAGCAACAGAUCUCAGCGCACUAGAGUUGAAGCCCACUCUUUCGCAGCUCCACGCCGAUCUCAAGACCUUCGAGUAUCACUUUGACUGGCUGCACCGAGUCUCACGGAAGCAUCAACACGCCGCCAUACCCAAACUGGUGGAAAUCAUCGCCCAGAUUAAGAACCUUAUCAACUCACUUCAACGCCAGAUGGGCAGAAUGGAUGCCCCCAAGCUUAACCUUCCCUUCCCGUCUCUCCCUCCUCACCCAACCGUCCACUGGGAGGUGGUCCAGUCUUCUUUAGAGCUCCUCCAGCAGUUCCGUCUCUUCUGUGACUGGGCAACAAGGGCAUUCCUUACUUUAAAGUCAAAGGUCCCAGCAUGAUGAGGUCACUGUCACUAUCCAGCAACACUAUCCACACUUUUGCCAAUUGCCUGACUCUGCUGACCCACAGCUCUCUUGGCUCAGAUUUCGGUACAACACCUGCACACCAGUGUCAUUGUCCAUAUUAUGAAUGGCCAACAUCCUAGCCAUCAUCUUUGUUCCAUAUACACAUACAUUUACAAUAUCAGCAGUUGUUUAUCAAGCACACUGCUGUAAAUUAGAGUUAAUUUGAAGUACCACAACCAGAAUCACCCAAGUCCUGUGAUCUAAACAAGUCUCAGCCAAUGGCAUGGCUCCAUUCUUAAGCCCAGCAGUUGGCCACUGCAGUUGCCUUACUCCUUGUCCUCUCAACACUCUCCUCUUUUCCCUUAAAUUUUUGAUCAUAUUUGUUAUUUAUAUUAUUAUUUAUUUAUUUAUUGUUGUUGUUAGUUAUUUAUUUGGUGUCAUUAUUUAUUUAAUUUUGUGACAUGUUGUUUUAAAAUACUUAAGGCAUUGAUUCUCUCCUUAGACAUCCUAUGUAUCUCUUUUCUAUGAUGUUUUUGCUUCAUAGGAUAAAACAUUCCACGUAGCACUUGUGUAUCUUAAACUGUCAUAGUAAACUGAUUGUACUUAAACAUGUUUCAGUGAGGGGGCUGGGGGGAGGGCAGAGGGGUAGCUGUACCCUAAAAUGGAAUUCUUAGGUUACAAUAAUCUGCCACUAGAUGUAGCAAAGUUGGGAGUUUGAUACAGUGCCAUGUGUAAAAUGUGUAGAUAGAGUUGCAAAGCACUGAUCUGUUUCAUCUUUUUUUUUUUUUUUUUUCUUUGCACAAAAUGUAUUGGGUUUGCAUCAAGGUGCAGUAUCAUUUCAAGCAACAUCAAGUCAAACAGCAAGUCAAACCGAAGCCUUAAAAUACUAUGUAUUGUGAUAUUGUGAUACUAUGGUACUGUACAGUGUACAUAUGUACCAGAAUGUAAAAUGUUGAAUACAAUGCAAAUGUGUAUUAUAUUGUAGUUUUCUAUGAUAUAAUUUCCUGUACUCCUGUACAAUUCUAUCACUAUCAUUGUGUCGCAAUAUCAAUAUUAAUCUGUUUUUAGUAUUUUGAUACAGUAUUUCUUAAUUUAUUAUAUUUUUUUCAAUAUUAUUUAUUUUCAUCGCAAAGAAGCCAGCCGUCUGAAGUUUUUUAUACUUUUAUACGUAAACUUAUUAAAAUCUUUAUUGCUGCAAUCAUCUCUGUUGAUACUGAUCUUUAUGUAAGUCCUACAACCUCCAUCAGUGAAUGUUCUCACACAUCUGUGGUAUCCCAGGAAAUGAGCAGAUGAACUGAUUUACAACACAAAAAUAAAUGAAUUAUCUCAAGCAA